AUGCAUUUGUCGAAUAGAGCUAUACGCCUAGUAUCAUCUACACCAAGUUUUUCUUCAUCUGCAACUGUUUCUAUUCCCUAUCCAACCAUCGAUCUACCUCAUCCACCUCAAAAACCACUCCAUAAAAAGAAUGAUUCAAAAACUGUACAGACCAGUCUUACUGCAGGCUCAAAACUAGACGCCAGUAAUCAAAAUGCGGUUACUAUAAGUUCAAAUACCUUGUCAGAUUCAGUCAACUCUGAGCAUGAAGAUUCCAAUCCAAGUAACCCUAAACUUUCUCUUCAGCUACGUCGUAUUGCACAACUUGCUAGACCUGAAAUGUGGAUUCUUAUUGGCGCUUUGGCGUUGCUAUUCAUUUCAUCGGCAGUUUCUAUGUCUGUUCCAUUGAGUAUGGGUACGAUUAUAGAUAUGGUCAUGGUUGAAUUAGGUGCUCGUGUUGACUCGAGUACUGUUCUUCAAGUAUCGCCACGUUUAAGCGAUAUCAUCAAGCAGCAUCUAUCUCUUACAACGCUCUUUGGAGUUCUUGCUUGUAUUUUUGUGGUUGGAGGUGCAGCAAAUAUGGGACGUGUAAUUUUGAUGCGAACAGCUGCAGAAAGAAUCAUUGCAAGAAUGAGAAAUAAUUUAUUUUCAAAUAUCAUUCGACAAGAUGUGGCUUUCCACGAUGCAAAUCGUAGUGGAGAACUCAUCAGUCGGCUAUCUGCCGACACUGUGAUUGUUGGGAAAACUCUCACCAAUUACAUGUCCGAUGGGUUGCGUAGUCUGGUUACUGCUUCUGCUGGUGUUACAGCCAUGCUAUUUGUAAAUGUCAAUCUCACCAUUACAAUGAUGAUGAUUGUGCCGCCUGUUGCUCUUGGUGCUGUAUUUUACGGUCGAUUUGUUCGAAAGCUUUCUCGUCAGACCACUGAUUCCACUGCCGAGAUUACAAAGUUUGCGGAAGAAAAGAUUAGCAAUCUAAGAACAGUCCGUGCAUUUUCGCAAGAAACAAGAGAGAUUUCAUUGUAUACCGAAAAGGUUCAAAAUGUAUACAAGCUUGGAAUCAAAGAAGCCCUUGCAUCUGGAAUCUUUUUUGGCGGUGCGGGUCUUUCGGGAAAUUUGGUUAUGUUGGCCAUUCUCUAUUAUGGUGGAAGUAUGGUUCAAAGUGGCGAAAUCAGUGUUGGCGAGUUGGCGACUUUCUUUCUAUAUACUGUGUAUGUUGGAUCUUCUGUAAUGGGGUUGACAUCGUGGUAUUCUGAUAUCAACAAGGGAAUUGGUGCCAGCACUCGUUUAUUUAAUCUGUUGGAAAGCAGAUCAACAAUUGAAGCCACGGAUGGCAAAAAAAUAUAUAAUCUGUCUGGCAAGAUCGACAUUAAUGAUGUGCAUUUUGCGUAUCCGACUCGCCAAGAUGUAAAGAUUUUUGACGGUCUUACGCUUUCUGUUAGUUCAAGUGAAAACAUUGCUAUUGUUGGUCAUUCUGGUAGUGGCAAAAGUACCAUCACUCAGCUUUUAAUGAGGUUUUACGAUCCUUCUGUCGGAUCAGUGAAAAUCGAUGGAGUAGAUGUCCGCAGUCUUGACCCUCAUUGGAUGAGAGAAAAACUUAUUGCGCUUGUUCCGCAGGAGCCGGUUUUGUUUGCUACCACUAUCAAAGAAAACAUUCGAUAUGGAAACCAGGACGCGACAGAUGAAGAAGUGAUUGAUGCAGCCAAGCAAGCUAAUGCCCACGACUUUAUUUUAGCGUUUCCUGAUGGCUACGAAACAUUUGUUGGUGAACGAGGUCAUGCAAUAUCGGGUGGACAAAAGCAGCGGAUAGCAAUUGCAAGAGCAUUGCUCAAGGAUCCGCUGAUUUUGGUUCUUGAUGAAGCCACGUCGGCUUUGGAUGCUGCAUCAGAAUUUCAAGUCCAAGAAGCUAUUGAUCGACUCAUUUUAGGAAGAACUGUGAUUACUAUUGCUCAUCGGCUGUCUACUAUUCAAAAGGCAGAUCGCAUUAUUAUGAUUGACAACGGUCGUGUCAGUGAAGUAGGGACUUUUGACAAGCUAAUGGGCAUCAAGGAUGGUGCAUUUUACAGACUGGUAUCUAAACAACUUUCUGAGCUACCAUCGAGCGACUCUAUUGAAGAUUUGACUAGUUCAAAAAAGAUAUAA